AUGUUUUUCGUAAAUUAUCAAAGAAUUUGAUUUUGCAUCAAGGGUCGGCAGCACGGAGCUGCACGGCGCGGUGCGGUACGCGAGGCGCAACCGUCGCGGCGACCGCGGGGUGCUGUGAGCGUCAUUCGAGCAUGGUCUCUUGCCGGCCUCCGCCCGCAGUCCCGCCAGUAUACCGGAGACUCCGCACUGCGGCGAGGCUUCACUGCUCCUCUAGAAUAUAUUGACGUCGAUUUGUAUCUUUCUGACAGAUUUGGUGCAUCAGCUGAGAUUCGUAAAAAAACUGGACAUAAUCAUUUUAAAAGUGUAAAAAUGAAGAAGAUCAGAAAUUAUGAAAGUGGCUGGUGGGUGGUGUUACUGACGGCAACUUUAGCUGUUUCAGCGCUGGCAGAGACCGGAGUAGGACUAUACAAUGCGAAAUUAAAGCAAGUUAUCACUUCGAGCACACUAAAAUGGACUAAUCUAAAGAAAGAAUCUAUGAACAAUUACGUGAUCGGGGCAGAUUCUGAACAAGGGCCCAUAUACCUUUGCAAAGCACGACAUGAAGGCGACAUGAUAUUAGGUCAACUUAAGCCAGAUUACACAACUUGCGCAGUUUCUGGUGCUAAGAGUUACACCAUGUUCGAGGUGCUGGAAAACAUUGAAAAUGCUUCCUUGAUAACCUGGACGCCUUGGCUUAGGUUUCAUGCUAAACCUAAUGGCGCUGUAGUCGUAGAAUCGUCAGUAGAUUCAGUUUUCAUAGGACGUGUAAAAGCACAAAGCGGAUAUUCACAUUACAUUGGGCGAAUAGCUUAUGAAAGUACAAUUGGAAAUUUAAUCACAUUUGACGACAAAAAUAACGAAAUGAUAGAAAAUCAUGGAGAAAUUUUGAAAGAGAUUGAACCUAUAAGUUAUAAAUUAGAGAAUGUAGUUCUAGAUCGGGACACUGAACACAUACGGCAAACAGAACCAGAAGUGUUUGAAGAGAGAAUUCUUAAAAAUGAAGAUGAAAUUGCGGCUACUGACACCACUGAAAUAGAGUAUGUGUUUAACUACACCUUGUCUUGGGGUCAUGGACAUGGAAUAGCCAUUGGUUUAAAUACAUCAAUAGAAAUGGAUGACGGCACACUGUUCCCUCAAAUACAAUGGGCUAACCAAUAUACCGAAAGCAGAAAGAAGCUGUACAAGCUGGAAAAAUUUUUGGAACCUGGUACUGCUUGUAACGUAAUAUUCAGGGGCAACAUAACAAAUCGCGAUGUGCAGUAUACUGCUAAGUUGGUAACCUUCUAUAAAGAUAACGAGCCAAGAUCGAGGCUAAUGAGAGGGCAGCGUAUUGAAAAUACGUUGGAAGUAGAGGCAAUUUAUGGCGAAAUUUAUUUCAUUGGAAAUAAUAGCUUGGUGCCAACAACGACGACUACAACUACCACUACUACCACCACUACGACUACGACGACUCCGAUACCAGAGAUACCACCACCGGCCCUUGAGGGAAAUGAUGUUGCAGCCAUGAAAAAAUCCGAUCAAAAUGAACAGAUGGAUGACAAUCUGAUAAACGACAGUGGUGAAAGCAUGAAUAAAGGUACGGUGGCGAAAGAAGAUAUUAAAAAGUCCGUUGCUGGUGGGCUCGGUAGCAAACCAUCUAGUGCCGCAAAUAUCAGGAUUGUUACAUUUACCUUAUUUAUUCCGGCACUACUUAUAGUUUAA